GCUCCUGGUAACCAAACUGAAAAACCCCAUCACAUUCAUUCUGAGCAUCGCAAACCUUUAGACCGAACCUGGUUAUUACAUGUCAGGGCAACACUUUACGUUUUUAGGGUAGACUUUUAAACUAUAGAGUCCACAACAUUAAAUCUUAUCGAAGAUCUGCUUGCUUACUUUCUUCAUCGCUUUCCUUAAACCAGACCUCAGUGAGCACCAUGACAGAUGCUGCAGUGACACUGAGCAGCAAUGGGGACAGACCACCUGAGACUGACCAACAGCCUAGCAGUCAAACCAGGAAGGGGACAGCUGAUGCAGAUGAGACCCAGCCCUACUACAAGGCUGAACCCAGUCUUGCAGAUUUACCUGCAAAAGAAAACCAAGAUGAAAGCAGAAACACUAAAGGGCACAUACCUGAAGACAAGAAGAUUCUCAAUGAAAACCCAGAAGAGAACCUCUUUGCUGUUCACAAGGCCAUCAGAGAUCUUUCUCUCCAAGAAACGAGUGCUGAGGACAUGGCAUUCAGAGAAGGGCACCCGUGGAAGAAAAUUCAUCUGAGCAGCAGUAACCUGGACAUGAGUAAGCCAGAGGAAAAGAUUGUCCACCAACCUCUAGAACAGAUUGAAGAUGAGGACACCGCCUGCCAGGCAACUGAAAUAGAAUGGCUGGGGUUCCAGAAAUCUACUCAAAUUGAACUGUUGCCUCCUAAAUGUGAUGAGGAACGAGAAGUUUGGAAUGAAGAAAUUAACGAGGAAGAUGUUGAUGAGUGCAUUGAUGAGGAAGAUGAAGUUCGAGUAAUAGAAUUUAAGAGAACACACAGGGAAGGCUCUCAUAUAAUGGAGGAAAGCCGUGCAAGGGAAGACUCCCCACUAAGCAGCCCCAGCUCCCAACCAGGGACCCCAGAUGAGCAGCCAGUGUUAGGGAAGAAGGGAGAUAUCUCCAGGAAUUCUUAUUCCAGAUACAAUACGAUAUCCUAUCGGAAGAUCAGGAAAGGGAACACCAAACAGAGAAUCGAUGAAUUCGAGUCUAUGAUGCAUUUAUAAACUAACUGGGACUGAGAUAUGUCAUGGGCGUUAAAGAAAAGCUAACUUUGCUGUACUGGGCCGUCUUCCUUUGCCUUAUUUUGAGAUGUGCAAGCUUAAUGUCCUUUUCCCCGUAGAGCAAUGUGGAAAUAACCAUAGACAAAAUUUAUUCUGGUAACCUCAAACCGACGAGUUUUAGAUUCAUUUCUGGGUGUUUGCCUUUUAAAAAGUUAACUAAUGUAGAAUCAUGUGUUAAGGGUUGCCCCAGAGGCAAGCCUGGCAUGAUUUGUCUAUAAAAGCAGCAAUAGUAAGAGAGGCAGGCAAGGAAAAGAGAACUGUUGAUGUAACUCCCAUAAUUCUUUUGGUGUUCUUCAGGCCAAUGGGAAGCCUGGAAAUGAGCCCCUCCUCCAGUGAACACAGUUUUUUAUAUAGAUUCUUGCCCUUUUUUUUUUGGAUUUUUUAAUUAUUAUAAAAAAAAUACGGUCUCUUAAGUCAUUUUCCUUGGCAUCUACUGAGUGAAAAUUCAACAGAUCGCCUUUCUAGGUGUCACCAUUCAGUGAAUUUCCUCACUAAAAGGCCGAGCAGUUGACAGUGAGAAUUCUGUAUGCUAAGUUUUGGCUUUAUGCUUUCAAAAUGAAUGAAAUCCAUUGUGAAGUUGAUACAAGGAGGGUCUAGAUGACUGGUGAGCAAUAGACUAGAGAAUUGUAUUGGAUGGUUUUGUUUUUGUUACCGAAAACAAAUCUGUCUAGCACAAUGAAAAUCAUUAAAUAUAAAAAUGGCAAUUUUAGCACAAUUUUAGAAAAUGCCCUACUCCAUUACCACACUUUCUUGUGUUAACAGUAUCUCAGAACCGUUUUCUCUGCUUAGAAAUGAGAGACAAUGGCAGUCAUAACUGUACUAGUUACUAUGAAAGUGGAAAAUAAUUAUCGUAGACUAUUUUAGAAGUAGGGUGUGAGCAUGUAUUUUUAGUGAAAAAGCUGAUAGUUGUGGGGAAUAUAUAAUUUUUUGGACCAAAGCCCAAGUCAAGAAGCUUAAAAUUGCACUUGUGGAGCUCCUCUCGAACCAACAUGUCAAAUAAUGCGUUGAAUAUUUAUGAAAAGGGGAUAUUUAUACUCUUGGAUAGUUUAUUCCACAAAUUUUCAUUUUGUGCUUCUGUAUAUAUUGCUCUGAACUUUUUGUUACCACAGAUAAAAAUAUCUUUUGGCUCCAAAUAAAAAGACAAUUCCUUAUUGUCUGAAUGUAAUACAGUCUUCAUUGUGCUAUUCAACCCAUUGUUGUUGCUGUUUUUAUCCUCGUUCUCUGUAAAAGCCUGGGUUAGUCCUACUUGGAAGAUUGCUUAUUUAUGUGCAGCAAAUCCCACACAUUCUCAUAGCAAGUUCUUUAAUUCUUCCUGGUCAUAUAAUAUACUUCCACAGUAUCACCUAUUAUUACCGAGUGUUUAAAAGUUUGGAAUUUGAUUAAAGUGCUUCUUUUCUUCUUCUAACCAAUCCUUUACAACCCGAACAAGUAAAAGAUCUGUUACUCUUCACGUGUUGAGCCUGCUAAUUUCAUUUAGGACAAAUGUGAGAUCUCUAACUAAAAUAAGAAAAAAAAUUACCUUUAUUGAUAGAGUUGGCUAGGAGAUUGAUGGACUGGGGCAAUUUCCAGUUCUAAUUUAGGUCCUCUGAUCAUUCUCCAGUGAAACCCUGUUUGCUUUUCUGGAUUUCUGAUGAACCUUGCUAUUUCCUGCUUAACCUCAAAGCACAAUGUAAUGUAACAUUGUUGACCUACCCACAUGACAGCUUGUUUGCUAGAUGGAGACAAUGAGUUACUACGGAGUUCAAGCAAGAUGGUAUACGGCUGACAGGCAUGACAAAGCUAUUGGCUUCUAUGGUGCCCCAUAACCUUGGACUUCUCAGCUGUGUCCUCUUACCACACUUUCACCAAUUAUGAAACAUUGUGUCCACAAAGACUGUUUUAAGGUGUGGUCAACUGGAAAGUCGUUUACACUCAUGGAUAAGACAAUGCAGCAGCCAGAGAGCAUUAGUAGCAUUCUUUGGUAUCCCUGUACAUUGCCAUAUCCUAUCACAGUAGAGCAGGAUGAUAUUUGAAUCUUAGAAAUCUGGAAAGAACAAAGGUCUUGCUCCAGGUUGCAGGAAGUAUUAUAGUAUAUUUUAAACUCAUCUGGGUCACUAUCAGAUGAUAGCCACUCGUGAAGAGUUAGCUGAGAUUGUGAGAUUGAAGAUUCAGGGGUGGUAAGGAUUCUGGUACCUGAUACCUGAUCGGGAUGAUGUGAAUGCUGUCAUUUCUUAAAUGACUUAAUUCUCUUUUGGUGUCAAUGAAUGGGAAUUACUGAAAGUUUUAUUUUUUUAUGUAAAAAUGAAAUUUACCUUUAAUUUAAUACUAUAUUUGAAGACAUGGAUUUUACAAGGUUCAGUUUGUUUCUAUCUGUCUGUCUAUCUAUCUGUCUACUAUCUAUCUAUCUAUCUAUCUAUCUAUCUAUCUAUCUAUCUAUCUAUCUUCUAUAUAUCAUAUACCUACCUACCUUUCUAUUAUCUAUCUAUCUACCUGCUAUUAGAUAAAGAACUUCCUUGUCUGAUUUGCUUUCAAUAAAAGUUUGUGUUCUUUGUU